UCCCCCCAUACUUCCCACUCAGCCCAAAUUUGCCUAUAUAAUAAGAGAAAUAAGCAUCCACUUCCACAGGGUCUCUCGACUGAAAAGCCCAAAACAACCAUCCAGCAUCAUGCGCACCGGCUGUCUUUCCGUCCUUCUCUUGUUCCUGACUGCACAGUUGCUCCUCGGCAACGUGUGCUGCAGUCCUAAGUGCAACAACCAAUGUUGCCGCUUCGUGGAGAGCUUCCCCGGCAGGCUUCGAAGGCUGCGAGAAGACUACGUGCAGAUCAGGGAUUUUUACGAAGCUAACGAUGACCUGGACACUGUCCUGCUAGACCAGACAAUCGAAGACUCUUUUAAAACGCCGUUUGCCUGCCAUGCCAUGAACACUAUUCUGGAGUUUUACCUUGGCACGGUUCUGCCCGCAGCCAUCACCGGGGUGUCGGAGGACACUAGUGAGUUGAGACCUUAUGUGGAGUCCAUCCAGCUGAUAUUUGAUGAGCUGAAGAGAGAUGUCACCAAAUGUAGGAAAUACUUUGGCUGCCAGAAGCAGUUUGACGUCGUCAAACUGAAUACGACCUACACUCAGAUGGAGAACAAAGGUGUGUACAAGGCCAUGGGCGAGCUGGACGUGCUUUUUAACUACAUUGAAAUAUAUCUGGCUUCCAAACGUCUCAAGAACCAAGCUGUGUCCUUGUAAAAAAAAUAAAAAAUAAACUCGCUAACCCUCA